UUUGGGACUCAGUCAGACACACUUCUGCUCCCAUCCCAAGCAGAGCAUCAUGAUUUUCCACAAACUUUUUGAAUCUUUGGACUUAACCAGUUGGUUGUUGGUCUGUUUUGUGGUCUUGAUUUUGAUAGAUUUGGUCAAGUACCGAAGACCUCACAACUUCCCACCAGGUCCGACGCCUCUUCCAAUUGUGGGAAACCUUUUUACAGGAUCUGACUUCAAAAAUAUCAAUAAGCUCUCUCACCACUAUGGCUCGGUGUUCAGCAUGAGGAGAGGAAGCACCUGGACAAUUUAUGUCUCAGGAUACAAUAUGGUGAAAGAGGCUCUUGUCAACCAACUGGACAGCUUUGUCGAUCGCCCCGUUGUCCCUCUCUUCCAUGUUGUUUUCAAAGGGAUCGGCAUUGGUUUGGGCAACGGCUACUCAUGGAAGAUGCAUCGGAAGUUCACAGUCACUUUCCUGCGUCAUUAUGGUGAAGUUCAAAAGACUUAUGAGAGAAGCACUGAAGUGGAGAGCAACUUCCUUUGUGAGGCUUUUAAAGAAGAGCAAGGGAAGCCAUUCAACCCCCACUACACUGUAACAAGUGCCGUGGCCAACAUUGUCACAUCCUUGGUCUUUGGACGUCGGUAUGAAUACAGUGACGUCACGUACCGCAGGAUUCUGAAGCUGGAUUACGACGCGGUUGUGCUCGCAGGCUCGCCUGUCACACAGCUGUAUGACGUCUUCCCCAGUGUGUUCAAGUACCUGCCUGGACCUCACCAGACUGUGCUCAGCAACUACAGACAGAUAGUGAAGUUCGUGGAGAUGCAGGUGGAAAAACAUCUGGAAGACUGGAAUCCUGACAAUCCCAGAGACUUUAUUGACGCUUAUGUAGCAGAAAUGAAAAAGAAGAAGGAAGACCCGCUGGCUGAGUUCAACCUCGAAAGUCUGGGCGUUGUCGUCUUGGAUCUGAUCGAAGGCGGGACGGAGACAGUGGCCACUGCCUUCCGCUGGUCACUUCUUUUCAUGAUGCUCUUCCCAGAAAUACAGAAAAAAGUCCAAGAAGAAAUUGACCGGGUUGUCGGACAGUCUCGUAUGCCCACCAUGGUAGACAAACCCAACAUGCCAUACACUGAAGCUACCAUCCACGAGUGCCUGAGGGUGGCCAAUAUACUUCCACUUGGAUUCCCGAAAAUGGCCAGUAAAGACACAACCCUCGCCGGCUUCUCCAUUCCCAAGGGCACACCGAUCGUUGCCAGCCUCUCAUCGGUGCUUUGUGAUGAGGCUGAGUGGGAGUCACCGGCCAGCUUCAGACCAGAGCGUUUCUUGGAUUCAGAGGGACGCUUCAACCGGAAAAAUGCUUUCCUUGCAUUUUCUGCAGGUAAACGCGUCUGCAUUGGGGAGACUUUGGCCAAAAUCGAGCUGUUUGUCUUCUUCACCUCUCUACUUCAACGCUUCACUUUGACUCAAGUUCCUGGAGAAGAGCUGACAAUGGAGGGCAUCCUGGGAUUCACGUAUUCCCCACAGGACCACCGGAUCAUGGCCAUACCACGCUAAAACCCACUGCACUGACUACAGUAACAUUACAUUGGAUUUGUGGCUCUGCUUUAAUAACAGCAUUUUUUUGUGUACCAUGAGAAGUUCGUCAUAUUACAAGACUGCAUGUUACUGAAUCAUUUAUCAACCGUUGUGGUGCCACAAUACAUAUAGCGUGGAUGCACUGAAACUUUCACCACAUAUUUUGAACGAAGCGAAUUUUGAAAUCAAGGUUGAAAUCACUCCACUUUUCCAAGGCAGUUUAAUGAUUGAAAAUCAUUCGAUUUUCCCUCUAAGUUGUGUGUGUGUGUGUGUGUGUGUGUGUGUGUGUGUGUGUGUGUGUGUGUGUGUGUGUGUGUGUGUGUGUGCACAAUUGCGCACUGCUCAUAUGGUCUCCGCACAGAAAAAUCACAGCUGGUCACACACACGCACAAGCAACACAAGGUAUUUCUACAGCUUAAGAUUUGUGGGGCGACACCGCGACACUCACAACGUAUCAAACAGCAAGUAUAAGAGCCAGCUAUUUGAAGUGAGCUCUUGGAGCUGGUUGACGUUUAAGAGCUGAUUUCUCUUUGACUUGUGGUUGGUCAAAAUGUCUGUAAGCACUUAGCCACUUGGGAGGAAGAGAUGAUACGGCAGAUGUUACGCACAGCAGGGUGAGAGACGACAGGUCUCAGAGACUACAUGCUGGCCAGGUGAAGAAUUGCGAAAAAAGUUAGAGUGUAGUGAGAGAAAGAAACGUAUUCCUUUUAUUUAGCUUCACUCACUCUAGCUCUGCACCAUUACCAGCGGUCACAAUUUACAGUGGCCUCAAGAGGAUGAAAUGAAGUCUCACAAUAGACGGAUUCAUGAGCCUUAUCAAUCAAUUUGAGUAAACAUUUGUAAAAGUUCUUUGAUAUCUAGUGUCUUCAACUGUGUAAUGUGAGUUCAAUGACAAGAUACAUUGUCAGUUAUGCAGAUUCUGGAUAUGUACAUUGCAUUAUUAUUCAGUCUAGCGAAUAUUUAGUAAAUCUAUUAAAUUCAAUUGAAACUUGA